GACAUUUCCGUUGCGCGAAAUGACAAAAAAGCGCUCCAAAUCCGAUGCAACGAAAGAAAGACAUGACAUUCAAAGAUACGGAGAAGUUCAUACCUGCGACUUCUCACACACGUGGAUUAGAUGAGCGCGAUGCACGGUUUUUCUUUUCUUUUUAUUUACUCGCAACGCUUUCAUAAGAGCAUAGUGUAUUGGAUCUGAAAGAGUCGUGUGCACACUGCAUUUCAUCAUGAGCAAACUCAAGAAAACUAAGGUUGUGCAAGGAGGUGUGAGAAACAUUUCGUCCUUCUUUAGUGCGCCUAAAAAGGAUGUGGCAACUAAGCCCUUUAAAGCUGGAGUAGCUGGAAUCUCUACAAUUAAAGCUUUGCUAAAAUCACCAACUAAAAGGAAAAUUUGGGAUUUGGAGAAUGACCUUCCAUCUUCACCUGAUUUUGUUAUUUCUAUUCCCGAGACACCAACAAGUCAAAACAAAAGUGAACUAAAUCCUAGUCCAAGAAAAGGAUUGGUUAGUUUAGAAAAUACCGGACCAAUGUCUCCUCUCUGUCGUAGCCCUAGUUCAAAGACUUCUCAGCUUGCAAAGGAAAAACAAAAUGGAGAGAGAAGAGGAACUGGAUCAUUGAAAAGACUGUUUAGCCCUCCUGAAAAUUCACAACAAGCAAAGAGAACAAAAAUUGCAUUAACUCACAGAGACACAAACUCGAAAGAUGAGGUUUUAAAGUCUAAAAACACCUCACAUAAAUUUGAAGUUGCUGAAGUUCCCAAACAGUCAGAUCAUAGUAACAAAGAUGAAUGCUAUACAGUUAUAACAGAUUUAACAGAUAGGGAAGUCAAGGAUGGAAUGAAAAAAUUUUAUGGAGAGAAACAAGAAAACCAGCCAACGACGACAACAGCAGCAACUUUGGAUCCAAAUUUACAGGAUGACUUGCUGGAUGAUGACUGGUUUACUGAGGAGAUGGAGGAAAAUGAAAAUAAACCCAAAAAACUGAGGAAAGUUCCAGACCAUGUCUUUCUCUCCUCAGGACCAAAUAACCGCUAUUGGGUUUUAGAUGUUGAAGAAAGUCCUGGUUCAAAGACUCUGACAAUCUCAAGCCAUAAAUCACUACAACCAACCGAGACGUGUCUGCUGAAAGAUGGGUGGGAGAUGUCACCUGUUUUGUGUGGUGAUGUGAUACACCUUGAGGGCUGCUGUCAAAAUGGAUCUUGGAUAGUAGAACGGGAGCGAGGCUUUUUAGUGUUGCACCCAGACACUUUGAUCUCAGGAACAAGUAUUGCAAGUGGCAUUAGAUGUAUGAGAAGAGCAGUGCUAGGUGACAUGUUCAAGACAUUUGAUGGUGGUUCAAAGCAGAUGCUGAAUGGCACUAUGGUCCAUGAAGUCUUCCAAAAGGCAGCCAUGGCCAAAGACUUUUCCUCAGAGAACCUUUUUAAACUGGGAGAUCAGGCCCUGCAUAGUCCUCGCUAUUUGGCUGACAUGUACAGUUUGGGAGUAACACAAGAAGAGAUGAAGCAGGAGCUACAUGAUUACUUGCCCUCACUUGAGCUGUGGGCAAGAGAUUACCUUGAUGUGCACAAACCAAAAAUCACAAAUCACAAAAACUCCAACAAUGGCAGAGCAAAGGACACAGCUGUCACCAUUAAUGAACUUGCAGAUAUAGAAGAAAAUGUGUGGUCACCAAGAUUUGGCUUAAAGGGAAAAAUUGACGUGACAGCACAAGUAUCUAUACAAAGACCACGAAAUGCAAGCCACCAAAUGUCAGAAAUUAAAACCGUUCCCCUUGAACUUAAAACUGGCAAAGAGUCUAACUCUAUAGAGCACCGCAGUCAGGUGAUUCUUUACACUUUGAUGAGCUCUGAGAGAUACAGUACUGACACUGGCUUCUUACUUUACCUAAAAACUGGUAACUUGCAUCCUGUUGUAGCUGGACACAUGGAUCGUAGAGAGCUGGUGAAGCUAAGAAAUACAUUGGUUCAUUUCAUUAAUAACAGUCUUGAGAAAAAGGAUGAUAAAAGUUAUUUGAGUAGACUCCCUGAUAUUGUAUCAAACAGACAAACCUGCCAGUACUGUCCUCAGAGGAGAAACUGUGCUUUAUAUGAGAGAGCCCUAGAUGGUAAUCCUGAGCAUUUACCAGAGAGCGUCAUUCGUGACUUUUUGGAUCAAGAGACUGGUCACAUAACUGUCUCACACUUGAAAUACUUUGCCCACUGGCUCCUGCUCUGUUGUCUUGAGGCGAAAACAAUGGAGUCUAAAAAUGGACGAAAAAAUGUGUGGCUGCUAUCGCCUGAGGAAGGUGAAAAGAAUGGCAGUUGCAUUGGAAACCUACAGCUCAGUGGUGCAGUGGUGACCCAGGCUGAUGGUGUUUACCUGCAUCACUUCAGGAGGAGGAGCUCUCAGGGGUCAGGGGGUAGUCUGGAUUCUGGAGAUCGAAUAGUUCUUAGUGACCAAGAAGGACGCUUUGUUGGUUUAGCCACAGGAUACGUGUGUGAGGUCAGCAGUGCAUUUGUCAGCUGUACACUGGACAGGGAUGUGUCAAAGUUUAAGAGUGUCUUGUUUCGAAUGGACGGUGACGAAGGAGUGGUGGGUUUGAGCACUCACCUCACAAAUCUGUCCAGGCUCAUGGAGAACGCUCCUGACAGUGAUCGUUUGAGAGAACUGAUUAUUGACUUUCGGGCACCUGAGUUCAUCUCUAACCUGAGCUCAGUUCUGCCAAGAGAGGCCAAAGACACAGUGGCAAAUAUUCUCAAAGGUCUCAACAAACCUCAAAAACAGGCAAUGAAGAAGGUUCUUCUAUCUAAAGAUUACACUUUAAUUGUUGGGAUGCCAGGCACAGGCAAAACCACCACCAUUUGCACUUUGGUUCGCAUACUACAUGCAUGUGGGUUCAGUGUCCUGUUGACCAGCUACACCCACUCAGCUGUUGACAACAUCCUCCUGAAACUGAAGCGUUUUCGGAUUGGAUUUCUGCGUCUGGGCCAAGGGCAAAAGGUUCAUCCAGACAUUCUACCGUACACUGAAGAAAGUGCAAGAAAAAAGGGAGUUCAAACGCUGUCAGACUUGGAAGAACUUUACAAUAAGGAGAUGGUUGUGGCAACAACAUGUAUGGGGAUAAAACACCCAAUUUUUUCCCGGCGCAAAUUUGAUUUUUGCAUAGUAGAUGAAGCAUCACAAAUCAGCCAGCCAGUCUGCCUCGGGCCACUUUUCUAUGCAAAAAGAUUUGUCCUUGUGGGUGAUCAUCAACAACUGCCACCAAUAGUGCAAAACCAUGAAGCUAGGUCUUUAGGUAUGGACGAAAGCCUCUUCAAACGAUUGGAGCGCAACAGUGAAGCAGUGGUCCAACUAAAUGUACAAUACAGAAUGAACAGGCAGAUUAUGUCUCUCAGUAAUUCACUCAUGUAUGAAGGCCGUCUGGAGUGUGGCUCGGAGCGUACCGCCUGUGCCCAGGUCACAUUGCCUUUCCUGCCCUCUGUCCAAUCAGAGCUCAGUUCCCACUCAAAGAGCCACCCUCAACAUGACCUGACAUGGAUACAAGACGCACUACUACCAGACAACACUGUUUGCUUCCUGGACUGUUCAGUGGUACCAGCUUUGGAGUCAGUGGAGCAGGGCGGUGUAAGCAAUCAAACUGAGGCAGAAGUUGUGCAUUUACUACUGUCACUACUUAUAAAGGCUGGGUGUAAACCAAGUGACAUCGGCGUUAUUGCCCCGUAUCGGCAGCAGUUGAAAUCAAUCUCUGGUUUGCUUCAGUCAUCCACAUUUAUUGGUGUUGAAGUUAAUACAGUGGACAAGUACCAAGGACGAGACAAGAGUGUAAUUGUGCUCUCUUUUGUGAGGAGCACUACAGAGGAGGGAAAUUUAGGUGAACUGCUGAAGGACUGGCGUCGCUUAAAUGUGGCCAUCACCAGAGCCAAACACAAGCUGCUGAUGGUGGGCUCUGCCUCUACACUGCGAAGGUACGAACCUGUGGAGAAACUGCUCAGACAUCUCCAUCAAGAGAACAUGAUGAUAAAGCUCCCUCCUGCUGCCCACAAAACCCUUCCCAGAUUUUUACUGUGAAAAAUUAUGAUGACCAUGAUGACCAUCAAUAUGGCAGCUACUUCAUUAUUCCAAAAGAUGUGAAUUAUCUUAAGUUAUCUUGAAGGUACUUAAUUGAUGCCUCCAUAUAAUUUCAUAAGCUCACAUUUCUGUUUUAACAUGUGUUAUUUUAGUAGAUUUUGUAAAUUUUAAUACCAGAAAAGCCUCAUAAUUUUAGAUAAAAGAUAAGUUGUAGCACCUUUUGUACACCUUUUGAAAGCGCACAAACUAAGGGUCAUGUUUUGUUUCAUAACAUAUUUGGACCCAAUAAGACUGGUGAGGUUGAUGCCCAUUCAUGGAUUUAUUCAUUCUUUUAAUGUUUACUAAACAAUUUGUUGAUUUGCACUGUACAUUUUAAUUAACAUUUUAAAUUUGAAUAAAUAAUGUAAGCCUCAA